CUAUUAAGACACGUGUACUUAAAUGGACAUUUGGUGUUGAAGUGGCACACGAAUGGGUAAAGGGUAAAGACAAGAAAAAACGGCGGACGCCAGAAGGUCUUGUGUAUACAUUUGAAAUGUUAGCGCAGCGUGGAACAAGGGUCGACGUCAACAAGAAAUUUUCAAAAACUUUUUAUCCUGUACGACCAAAUCAAGUGGCAAUUGCAUUCAAAAUUUUCACCACAAAAGCUCUCAGUGGAAAAUAUUGUGACGGAAUGAAGCAUAUUGGAACCUUGAAAGUCUCCAUUGAUGGGACCAAUUGUCCAAUUGAAUUUUCUUUGACUUUCGGUAAAAUGGAAUUUACAGCAACAGCUAUUAACAAAAAAACAAAACAAGUUUAUCCAGAUGCAACUUUUGAGCUUGAAGUUUCAUAG